CUGCCUCCCUCUGCGUGUCUCCGCAGGUGAUCCAGGCCGUGUUCUUCGGACUGUGCGUCCUGAUCGAUGUGUCCAGUCUGCUGACUAAGGGAGGCGACAGCAGGGAGCAGGAGCGGCAGCUGAGGAAGCUGAUUGGCCUGAGGGACUGGAUGAUGGCCGUGCUGGCCUUCCCUGUUGGAGCGUUUGUGGUCUUUACAUUCUGGUCUCUCUACCUGUACGACAGAGAACUGGUCUACCCAAAACUACUGGACAACUUCAUCCCUCAGUGGCUCAACCACGGCAUGUUGGACAUGUCUGGUAAACCACCAACAGAAGGCCCCCUGGAGAGUCCUGACUCAAUGCCCCAACCUCCUCAACUGGCUCCCUUCGACAUGUCGGAGCAGCGGCUCGCCAUGUCGGAGCAGUGA